AUGGCAAACUCCAAGAAGAUGACUCUCGCUUUGGCGAGCCUGGCCUCGACGGUCCUAGCCUCCACUGCCCCUGCCAAAAUGACAGUUAGUGUCGUCGGCGGUUGGAAGCCCGCUCCCCUGUCGUUCUGUAAUGAUGUCAUGCCCCGCCUGAUCGCCAAAAACAUCACUAUCCCCCGGGAGGUCCAGAACGACUGCGACCCGGGCGACCGCGCCGCCAAACCCGAAGUCUGCUUUCCUAACACUCAACCAGCCGACACCGCCGCAUACAUCCGCAAUGUCUGCGCGAAGAAGAAUUGCAGCGCCUUCGUCUCCGUCGGCGACAACUUCUACGACAGCGGCGUCAACUUCACCACCGGUGCCAUCCUCCGCUUCCAGGAGGCCUGGGUAGACAUGUACCGCGGCGGCGUCUUCGACAACGCCACCUGGUACCAAUGCCUGGGGGACCACGACGUCAGCGGCGUGGACUUCGAGACGAAGGUUGCGCCCCUCUACGACUCCCGCUGGUACUUCGGCACCACAGGCCAGCCAUACUACACCUACGACCUGCACGGCGCAGACUGGACCGCGACGUUCGCAGUCGUUGACUCGGACUGCUUCAUCGAGGCGUACCAAAAGAACACAUCCGUCUACCAAAACGAGUACACGAAGAAGUGCCACGCCGCGCGGGCCACGCAGGUCACGUUCCUCGAGUGGCAGUGA